UGGCGAAUCCCUCGACCGCAUCGACCCCUCCUCGGCGGCCGUACUCCGUAAUGAGCGGGCGAGUUUCCGAAGGGGAUGGGUCGUCGUGCCGUGUCGCGCGCGCCGACAGGCAGCCUUACAAAAGGUCAGGUAGGGGUCCGCGCACCUCGCGCACCUGGCCGGGGAGGGGAUCGCGUCGUUGCGCGUAGGAUGGGCUGCCUACCGCGACGGGGCGUGGCCGACAAGGUGCAUUCUCCGACGCGAGUCGACUGGGUUGCCUACCCGACGGGCUGAGCGCACCCAACGUUGCAAUGCGCAAGAUAUUUUACAGGGGUAACUCUCCUUUUUGCUGUUCCCUCCUUCAGCGCUAUCGCUACAACAAUGGGACGCUAGCAGUUGUUUCAAUCACACUUCGCUCCAUUCGCAUUCUAGUUUUCGGCCCCGGGAUCAAAAUUUUCAAGUAUAUAAAAUAAAAAGCAACAGUUCGACCCUCGUCGGUGGAUCCCUUGUGUGUGUGCGAGAGGCAGAGGAGGACUUCCCUCGCUCCAGGAUGUCGUGGGGCCGGGAGGUGCGCGCCGAGGACCUCAUGGAGGUGCUGUUCACCGAGCUGCCAAGGCCGGCGCCCAUCCAGCUGCCGGGCUUCCAGAACUCGCCGCGCACCUGGAACCGCCGGAAGCUGGGCCUCGACUGCGACGAGGUCUACCCGGACAUCUUCGUCGGCGAUGCCGCCACGGUCCGCGACAAGCAGUACCUCAAGGAGAUCCGCAUCACGCACGUGCUGAACUGCGCCGAGGGCCGCCGCGCCGGCCACCUCAACGUCAACGGCUGGUACUUCCAGGACGCGGACAUCAAGUACCUGGGGCUGCCCCUCGAUGACAUGCCGUCCGCCAACAUUGAGGACUACUUCCAGUGCGCCGCGCACUUCAUCGACUGCGCCCUGUACCACGGAGGCCGCGUGUUCGUCAACUGCAUGAUGGGCGUCUCGCGGUCGGCCACCAUCGUCAUGGCCUUCCUGAUGCUGCGGCGCGGGCUGGGCGCCGUGGAGGCCGUGCGCACGGUGCGCCGGCGCCGCGACGUGUGGCCCAACGCGGGCUUCCUGCACAAGCUGGCCGAGCUGCACAACCGGCUGCGCCAGGCGCGCCAGCAGCAGCAGCGCUGCAACCAGCGCAGCUACUUCUACCUGCCGCUGCCGUACGCCUCCAUCGGCGCCCCCAUGGCACAGCCGUAGACGCCUCACGACGUCGUCGCCUCCCCCGUCGCGGAAAAUUUGGUGACAACUUUUCUAAAUUUUUAAAAAAGGUGAAAACACGCCAGGUAACAGAAGAAAAGUGUAAUA